AUGCUUUAUUUGAGGUCGCCUUCGAAUUAUACUCCUCCUUCUAGAUGUUUCGCCUCAACGAAGCAGCUUCAUGGCAAAAGAAAAAGGAAAAAAGAGUAUUUUACUUCCAUAGAGGACAAUUCGAUGGUUGAUCUUUCGAAGCUUUUUCUUGGGUUUAGAUUUGCAAAUGGUGCACAUAGUCAGCUUUACCGUGGAGUAUACAAGGAUGAAGCCGUUGCCGUUAAGAUUAUCAAGAUCCCGGAGGAAGAGGAAAAUCAACAGCUAGGAAUCCGGUUAGAGAAUCAGUUCAUCCGAGAAGUUGCUCUUUUAUCUCAUCUCCAUCAUGAAAAUGUCAUCAAGUUUGUAGCCGCAUGUAGACAACCACCAGCGCUUUGUGUUAUCACAAAGUAUCUUUCAGAGGGUUCUCUGAGGUCGUACUUGCAUAAGCUCGAGAACAAUACCUUAACCAACAAAGAAAGCCGUCUUUCUUUGAAAAGGAUCAUUAAGAUGGCUUUAGACAUUACUCGUGGAAUGAAAUAUGUUCAUUCACAAGGCGUUAUUCAUAGGGAUCUGAAGCCCGAAAACAUACUUGUAAGCAAAGAUUUCCAACUCAAGAUUGCUGAUUUUGGGAUCGGUUGUGCAGAGGCAAACCGUGAUCUUGUAUCAGAUGAUCCAGGAACUUAUCGGUGGAUGGCACCCGAGAUGAUUAAAAGGAAGCCUUAUGAUCGAAAGGUAGAUGUAUAUGGAUUCGGACUCAUUUUAUGGGAGAUGGUGGCGGGGGAUUUACCUUACAAAGAUAUGACCUCGAUUCAAGCGGCUUUUGCUGUCGUGCAUAAGAGAUUACGACCGCCUAUUCCCGUUGAUUGUCCUCUGGCAAUGAGGACUUUAAUCGAGCUAUGUUGGUCUUCGAAUCCAGGGAAGAGGCCCGAAUUCUGGCAGGUUGUGAAGGUAUUGGAAGAGUUUGUAACUUUACUUGUUUGUGACGGAAACGUACAUGUUCUACAAUCCCCGACUCCUUUUGAUCAAAGAAAAAGCCAGCGUCAAUGGAUACAAAAGCUCGAUUCUUAUCAUCACUCGCCCACGCCCAUGCCUAAGCCGAGGUUCUCAUGA